AUGCUUGGUAGCAUUGAUUGUAUACAUUGGGGGUGGCAUAACUGCCCGACUGCGUGGCGCGGCCAAUAUACGCGAGGUGAUCACGGCUAUCCAACCGUGAUACUUGAAGCCGUGGCAUCACAAGAUUUGUGGAUAUGGCAUUCUUUCUUUGGUCUCCCUGGUUCACUCAACGACCUCAACGUGUUAUACCAAUCGACGAUCUUUACCGAUGUCGUUAAUGGAACCGGUCCGGACACACGUUUUACAGUUUCUGGGGUUGAGUAUAGACGUGGGUAUUAUCUUGCUGAGGGGAUAUAUCCGUCUUGGUCUACAAUUGUAAAGACUAUUCCAUAUCCCGAGGACGAAAAAAGGAAAAAAUUCGCCAAGCGUCAAGAAGCUGCAAGAAAAGAUAUCGAACGUGCUUUUGGUGUCUUACAAAAAAAAUGGGCCGUCCUUGCACAACCGGCACGUGCGUUCACACCGAAAAGGUUGCGUCUUUGUAUGUACGCUUGCAUUUUGCUCCAUAACAUGAUUAUUGAAGACGAAGGUCGGGCGAUUUUUGAGUAUGAUGAGAAUGCAUCUUACGGGAACACUGUCCCGGUUGAUCCGCCACAACAGGAUUUAAACUCGUUCUCGCUAACCAACGACUUCACGCAUGCAAACCUUCAACAGGAUUUGGUAGAACAUAUUUGGAACAACGUUAACAUUGGGGACGAUGACGGAGACGAAGACAAGUAG